CGCUCUGCCAAUCCAAGGAUGUCAAAGCGGCGGCAGCAGGGAAGUUUGACAGACGACGUUUCUCACAUGCGGAUUUCUCUUAAUAAGUGAUGUCUUUCUUUACUUUCUGCCAAGAAAAAGACAGCUGAGUAACUGCUCCUACACUAGUGUCAUCAUGCCUGGUAAGGGAGGAUUAUGCUGGUGCUUAGGUGGGCGGGGCCCACCAGAAAUCAAGUUUGGCACUGACUAUGACUCACCACUCAAGCCAGUUAUGCUAGACAUACCCAUGCCUACAGAUGAAAAUGAGCUAAAUGCAAAGUUUGAAGAACUGGUGGCAGAGCUUGAUUUGGAUAAACCUCAUCGAGAUGCCCUGUACAGCCUUCCAGCAGAAAAAAAGUGGCAGAUUUACUGCAGUAAGAAAAAGUUACAGCAAAGUUAUUGGGACGUUGACACAUCAUCACAAAAUACUCCUGGCUACUACCUUGAGAGAAUCAAAUCCAUGUCACCUGUUUGUCUGGGUCUGUCGGAGGAGGAUGUUGACAACAAGACAAAAUUAGUAGACAACCUCAAGACAGCAUUACGCACUCAGCCUAUGAGCUUCGUUGUCCACUUCAUUCAGCAAAAUGGACUCCAGUGCUUGGUUGAUUUCCUGUCUAACAUGGACUAUGCCACAUCAGAAAGUCCAGUCCACACUUCAUUUAUUGGCUGCAUCAAAGCUCUCAUGAACAAUUCGCAAGGCAGAGCCCAUGUGCUAGCCCAUCCCUCUGCCAUCAACAUUAUAGCUCAGAGUCUGGCUGUUGAUAAUGUAAAAACCAAGACAGCAGUCUUAGAGAUUCUUGGUGCUAUGUGUCUGGUUCCUGGUGGACACCGAAAAGUCUUAGAAGCUAUGCUUCACCUGCAGAACUAUGCAGGAGAGAGAACCCGUUUCCAGCUGCUGAUGUGCGACCUUGAUCGCAGCACAGGAAAAUACAGAGAAGAGAUAGGCCUUAAGACAGCAAUCAUGUCUUUUAUCAAUGCUGCAUUACGUUAUGGACCGGGUCAGGACCAUUUGGAGUUUCGACUGCACUUACGUUAUGAGUUCUUGAUGUUGGGUAUUGUACCAAUCAUGCAGAAACUAAGAACUUACGGCAAUGCUACAUUAGACAGACAUCUCGACUUCUUUGAGAUGGUGCGGAAUGUUGAUGAGAAAGAACUGUCAAGAAGAUUUGAAGGAGUACAUGUGGAUAGCAAAAGUGCAUCAGCCAUGUUUGAAGUGCUAAGGAAAAAAUUAUCACUGACAACUGCAUACCCAAACCUGCUGUCCAUACUUUAUCACCUUCUCCUCCUGCCGUAUGGAAAAAAUGAUGCAUUUGCUGUUUGGGGGCUGGUGGAUAAGAUCCUGCAGCAAGUUAUCCUUCAACAAAAAAAUGGACAAGAUCCAGACGGCGCUCCCCUGGAGAUUAACCUCAAGAGCAUUGUGAGGCAAUUACAGAGUGAAACAGAUAUUAAAGUAUACCAGCAAAAGCUGAGGGAAGCAGAAAAGACAGCAGAGGAGAUCAAUGCCAAGCUUGCCAAGAAAGAGCGAGAAUGUGAAGUCAGGUCACAAGAAAAGGAAGAGAUUACAAGCACCAUGAAUAUGAUGAAAACCAGACUGGAGAAAGAAUCAACAAGUCAUGCAGAAACUCGCAAGCAGCUUGAAGAGUUGCUUGCCAGAGUGGAAGACAUUCGACUGCAGCUAGACACUGAGAGAGGAGAGAAGCAGAAGCUGCAGCAUCUUAUGCAGUCUGGCAGUCUGCCAGAUGAUGCCAAGAUGGGCCUCUCAACAGCAGCAUCAGCAAUAAUGAGUGACUUCAGAAGCCUAACUGGAAAGCUCCCUCCAGCUCCUAUGUGUCCACCUCCCCCACCACCAGGAGCACCACCUCCUCCACCUCCAGCACCUGGUGCUCCACCUGCACCUUGUGCACCUGGUGGCUCAUCAUUAAGUGCAGUGCUAUCUGCCAAAUUAAAAAAUAUACCUAAACCUUCUCAGUCGCUGAAAUCCUUCAACUGGACAAAGGUUCCAGAGAGCAAAAUAAGUGGAUCAAUAUGGCAGGAUCUUAAUCACAGUAAGAUGUUUGGCAGUUUAGAUCUACAAGACUUCGAACAUACAUUCUCUGCAUAUCAGAAACCCUCAGAAGAGGGCGAAGAACAGAAUAAUCAGAACAGCUUUUCCAAGCCUAAAACAACAGUUCUGACUGUUAUUGAUGGCCGCAGAGCUCAGAACUGUACAAUUUUGUUGUCCAAGUUGAAGCUGACUAACUCAGAGUUGGCCCGUGCUGUGAUGAAUGUAGAUGAAGGAGAAGAUUUACCGAAAGACAUGGUAGAGCAGCUUCUGAAGUUUGUGCCUACUCCAGAAGAGUCACAGAUGCUUGCUGAAUAUGCUUCGGAGAUAGAGAACAUGGCCAGAGCAGAUAGAUUUCUAUAUGAAAUAAACAGGAUAACACACUAUGAGGAACGAUUGAGAGCUCUUUAUUUCAAGAAAAAGUUCCAGGAGCGAAGGCAUGACUGCAAACAGAAGAUUGAAGCUGUACAUGAAGCAUGCAAAGAAGUAUUUCGUAGUCGAAAGUUGAAGCGGCUGCUAGAACUAGUCUUGGCCUGUGGUAACUACAUGAAUCGAGGACAGCGUGGAAAUGCCUUGGGCUUUCACCCAGCAUCACUAAAUAAAAUGGUUGACACUCGCUCCAGCAUAAGCAAACAAAUUACAUUGCUGCAUUAUGUUGUCAGCACUUUGGAGAAAAAGUUUGAGGACGUUAUGAAGUUGGAAGAUGAUUUGCCUCAUGUCAAGGAUGCAGCCAAAGUCAACUUCAAAGAUCUGGAACAAGAGAUAAAUGCUCUACGAAAAGGACUUCAAGAUAUUGAAAAAGAGGUUGGCUUCUUUAAGACCAAAAUCCAAAACCCUGGAGACAGAUUUGUGACAGUGAUGCAGGAUUUUUGCACUGUGGCCAGCUACAGCUUUGCUGAGGUAGAAGAGUCAUAUUCAGAAAUGCAUCAAAAGUAUGACUCGGUGCUCAAAUCCUUCUGCGAAGAUAGCAAGCAGGUUCAGCCAGAUGUGUUUUUUGGCAUCUUUGACAGCUUCCUGAUGUCAUUUGCUGAUGCAAAGGGUGAAAACGACAAACUCAAGAAGCAAAAGGAAGAAGAAGAAAAGAGGAAGAAAGUUGACGAGCAGAUGAAGAAAGAGAGAGAGAAACGUCUUCUGCUUAAAAAGUGUAAUACCACUACAGAUAAAGAUCAAAAAGUGAUAGCCGCUGACAAUCAUGAGAAAGGUGAAUUCGAUGAUCUCAUUUCGGCUCUAAGGACAGGUGAUGUUUUCGGUGAGGACAUCGCUAAACUGAAGCGGCAACGUCGUCGACAAAAUGCCCAGUCUGAUUUCUCUAGAGAACGCAAUGGAGUGAAAUGAUAUUAAAAGCCACUUGUUUGCAAUAUAAUUAUUUUCUGGUUAUGAGGACCUUUUUUGUUUUACAGUGAGAUGGUAUUUUACAAAGUACCUGUAUGAGAAAAAAACCCCACUGGAAUUAAUUUUUAUGUCUAAAAAAUGUUUGAGUAACUGCAUGCGUGUUUGUAUAUGUGCAUGCAUAUUUGCAGUUUACUAGUAUCCAAGGGCAUGACCUCCAGUACCAUCAUCUGUUACACAUCUGAAAAUAUAUCGGUUUUGUUGACUAUGAAUGAGGCUUCGAUGAAGUCAGAUCAUAAAUGUUUGUUUUCAGAAGAUGUGCAAAACUUUGUCAUUUGGACUUUAUUUUAGACCAAUGCCUUGACACUGUGUUGUGACUUUGCGGCAUGUCAGAGAUUAUUGCAUGCAAGAGCAUUACUUUGCAAUCUCGGCUACAUUUUGUACUUAAAACUUGCAUAUGUAUUGUUAUUUCUUUUACAUAUGCAGAAAUUGUAUUUUUACUUGAUCUUUGCUUUCAGCAUGAAAAUAUUUGCACUUUAAAUGAGCUUGCAAAUGAUAACAAAAAUACAUCCUGUAUCUGCUGAUCUUCCAGACUUUUGGAAAAGAAAAGCAUCAAAUGAAUGGCAUGACUGUGGUGAGAAUCUCAUACCAGAGCCAAAAUUGAUGUUAGUUUUUGAUGUCUCUUAAAAUACUUUCACUUUUUGUUAUGUGGAUUCAAGUGAUCAAUUUGCUCAAACUGAAGUUUGAAUUUCAUACGGUUUUCAACUUGCCUAAACAAUGUGUAUGUGCCUGCAAAGUCUUGUUUUGCUAGGACACUUUUUAAAAAUUCAUUUUGAUUCUCAGAUAUUAAAAAUUACUUCAUGGGGGAUGCAAAAUUUAUGGUUUUUAACUAUUGCUCAGGAUAUUCACAGUCUGCUGUGUAGCAGGAAAUAUAUCUCCUGCUAUACAACAGUCAUAUAGUCAGCAACAUAUUUAAGCACUUUUGUCAGUGUUCGUCGAUGUGCAGCUUUCUUUAGAACUCUCUCCCCUAAAACCACAAUAAAUCUGGUGCUUUUUAGAUACUGCCAGUCCUAACGUACAUGUAACCUAUAGGCUUCUUACCACAUAUCUUAUUAAUGGCAUUUCAGCGUUUCACAAUUUUGGAUAGAUGUAAUCUUUAUUUUAAAAUAUCUUUUUGCAAAAAAGUAAUGAAUGAGCUUUUAUGUGCAUAUUUAUUUGCGUGUGUGUGUGUGAGUGAGAGGAAGAGUUGGUAUGCAUGUACAUGCUGUGAAUAUUUUUUAUGCUUGAACUGAUCCUGAAGGAUAUAUGAAUCUCAUAUGUGAUAUGUUUGAUAUUAUUAUCAGCUUUUUUUUGUUCUGAGAAAGUAGUAGUACUUUUCCAACUGUUGUUGUUGCCUGAGUUGAACUAACUGUAGUUGCAAACUGAUUGCAUAUAAGGUUGAUUAUUAUACAUGUAUACACUUUUUUUUACACACAGUGCAAUUUACUUCAUUUACUGUCAGCUUUUUUUUUUCUUUGCAUUUUCCAUGCCUUAAAGACCUGCCCCAGUGCAAAUAUUUUUAAGCACUUAGGUUAGUAAAAAUAAAACUCAAACAUUGACAGCAAUCUUCUGUCUGUGAGACACAACUCUUUAAACAUCCACAUACUUGAAAAGGUCAAGCUGACAUCUUUAAUGCUUCCUUAAUUGAAGAACUGGUAUCAUAUGUAUGACAUCAUCAAUGAGACCUCUUGCUCUGUAAGUGAGAAUGCCAGUAUUUUAUGGCCUUAAUCAUGGAAGAGUGUUACUUGUUCAGAAUUUAAGAAUUUGUAUUUGUAGUGAACUAAACCCAAGUCUUUUGGGUAACAAAUAUUCAUGAGGUGGGUCUUUUAUUUUGUUGCAUUGUGAGAUUAAAUGAGACAAGAGUGUUAAGCCAGCCACACUGAUGCAUUAUGGACUCAGUUUAUUGGAGUUCUGGUGUGUGUCAGUUGGUUGAAUAGUUAAAUCCAGCGUUAAGUACUGUAAAUAGUACUUAGUAGAAACCAAUAUAAUCUUUUUGCAUUCUUACCUAAACAAUAUAUACACUUUCAAUAUUCCAUUGUUAUGAAAACAUUUAUGUAUAUAUGCUUUAUAUUACACACUUUUGUAAAUCCAAAGACUGUAAGUUUGUGCUGCAGGCAGAUAAGUUGUGCAAACAUUUUAACACCCAAGGACAUAAACCACCCCUAAAAAGGCAAGAUGGCAGUAAGUCCACAUCGUUGAGAAAAUUCUUACCGUGGGGAAGUCACUUUACAUGGGCAUUUCUCUGCCUAAUUAACUUUGUAAUUGUACUCAGUUUCAAUUUUUUUUAUUCCAUUGAUUUUUUAAUCAAAUUUUGGUAACUGUCAACAUUACUUUACGUGAAAAGGACAGAAUUUAUGUUGAGAUUUCAGAAACAUUUGUCAGAAACCUAAUAUUGGAUAAUCUAAAACUAGGCUGCUAUGGGUAGGCUUCAUCUGCCGUUUUCCCGUUUUUGUCUGGAAAAUCUUUUGGUGUAUUAAAAUGGGAACUGCUCAGCAUUCCAAAGUGUUUCUGUAAUAAAUUUCAUGGUACA